ACCGCAGUGUACAGUGCGCAAAGCUGAGCCCAGCGCUUCUUGCGCGCGGCGGACUGGCGGCUGCGCUUCUGCUUCCGAUUCGUGCGCUCGUAUCUGUCUCCGGGAUCCCGCGCCACCAUGAUACAGGGAAAGUUGAAGAGGCUGAAGCGAUAUUUCACAAGGGCUUUGCACCGUAUCCAGAAGGGACCAGGAUACACCUACAAGGAGCUGCUGGUCUGGUUUUGUGAUAACACCAACACUCAUGGCCCCAAACGGAUCAUUAAGGAAGGGCCUAAGAAGAGAGUCAUGUGGUUUAUUCUGACAUUGGUCUUUGCAGGACUUGUGUUCUGGCAGUGGGGGCUUCUCAUACUGACGUAUCUCUCCUAUGGAGUGAGUGUGUCUCUUUCGAUUGGAUUUAAGACCAUGGAAUUUCCUGCUGUGACAGUGUGUAACACCAACCCUUACAAAUACUCCCGGGUUAAGCCGCUCUUGAAGGAUCUGGAUGAGCUGGUGGCAACAGCUUUAGAUCGCAUUCAGUACUCUAGCCAAACCCAAGCCAACACAUUCACUUACAACAAUACGCGUCAGAAUGUGACUCUUGACCCUGCUCUGUGGAACCACAUUCCACUAGUGGUUAUUGAUGAAAAUGACCCAAGUAACCCUGUGAUUCAUAACAUCUUCGACAACAGUGUAUUUUACUCAAAGAACAACUUGUUAAGGAAUUCUUCAGAGGACCAGACAUCCUAUGCUCAGCGAUACAAAGUGGCCAUGAAACUGUGCACGAACAAUAACACCCAGUGCGUCUAUCGGAAUUUCACUAGUGGAGUCCAGGCUUUAAGGGAGUGGUACCUUCUUCAGCUUUCCAUCAUCUUCUCCAAUGUGCCUCUGUCUGAUCGCGUAGAUAUGGGCUUCAAAGCAGAAGAUUUAAUUCUCACCUGCCUGUUUGGGGGGCAGCCGUGCAGCUACAGAAAUUUCACCCAUAUUUAUGAUGCUGAUUAUGGAAAUUGUUACAUCUUUAACUGGGGACAAGAAGGGGACGAUACCAUGUCAUCUGCAAACCCAGGAGCUGAUUUUGGGUUAAAGUUGGUUCUGGACAUCGAGCAGGACGAAUAUCUGCCGUUCCUCCAGACCACGGCUGCGGCAAGACUGAUCCUGCACCAGCAGCGAAGCUUUCCCUUUGUCAAGGACCUGGGGAUUUAUGCCAAGCCGGGCACAGAGACCUCCAUCGCUGUCCUCGUGGAUCAGCUGCAACAGAUGGAGGCCCCAUAUUCUUCUUGCACAGUUAACGGCUCUGAUAUCCCAGUGCAGAACUUGUAUGAAGAGUUCAACAGCUCCUACUCCAUCCAGUCCUGCCUGCGUUCCUGCUACCAAGAGGAGAUGGUGAAAACGUGCAAAUGCGCUCACUACCAGUAUCCCCUGCCCAAUGGAUCGGAAUACUGCACUAACAACAAGCAUCCCGACUGGGUUCCCUGUUAUUAUGGUCUGCGGGAUUCGGUAGCCAUCAGGGAAAACUGUAUCAGCUUGUGCCAGCAGCCGUGCAAUGACACGCAUUACAAGAUGGUCAUCUCAAUGGCAGACUGGCCUUCAGCUGGGGCAGAGGACUGGAUUUUUCAUGUCCUUUCUUAUGAGAAGGAUUCCAGCUACGACAUCACUGUAAACAGGAAUGGAAUUAUCCGGCUAAACAUCUACUUUCAAGAGUUUAACUACCGGAGCAUUUCAGAAUCUGAAGCAACCAACGUGGUCUGGUUACUGUCCAACUUGGGUGGUCAGUUUGGAUUCUGGAUGGGCGGCUCUGUCCUGUGUAUCAUUGAGUUUGGCGAGAUAAUCAUAGACUGCAUGUGGAUCACCAUCCUCAAGCUUCUCGCGUGGAUCAGGAACCGCAUACAAAGAAGGCAACGGCCUCAAUACGCAGAUCCACCACCUACUGUAUCUGAGCUGGUGGAGGCUCACACCAACCCAGGCUUUCAGCAUGACAAUGGAAACCAUGUGACCGAGGACAUACCUGGAACUCCUCCUCCAAAUUAUGAUUCCCUACGAGUGAAUACCAUUGAACCCGUUUCCAGCGAUGAAGAGAAUUAAACACUACAAAUGUCUACAGCUAAAUAAAUGUCAUUAUGACCAUUAGAUUUGCAUUUCAAUAUGUUACAAUUAAACACUAUAUUACAGGAGAAAUAACUUCAUGUUAACAAGCACAACUCUGUACUAAUACUGGUAAAGGGUGGCCUUUAUAAGGGUUGGCCAAAAUCUCAUAGAAAGAUAAGAGAGGCUCUGUGCUAUUAGCACAAACAAUGACUAUAGCUCAACCUUCUCCAAAACUGCUGCAAUUCUGGAACAUCAGUCAUAUAUUUUUAAAGAGUCACCAGUUUAUUGGUGAGCAUAAAAGGGCAAAAUUAUGGCUUUCCCAAUGUGUUUAUGGUUCGGGCUUAAGCAGAUAUGAAUCAGGAUAUGAAUCAGAAAGUCUUGAUAACUGCCUCUCCUAAAGGCCGGAGUAGGUGAGAAUAGAUAAGAAUGUCUAUUUGUGCUCUUAAUUACUUCUGAAUACCCAGGUAGAAGCUUGGGUGAAAUUUUUCUGCUUCCUAUCUAUUCCUGGACCACAUUUCAAUGGCUAAGCAUAUGAUUAAGUGUCCUAGUGUCAGGCGAGAGAUGACUAUAUAAUAAAGCUUUCAAUUUUUUAACUUA